UAGUAAAGUGUAGUAAAGUUUGUGUGUCCAUAUAUUUGUGAUUAGCCUCUUUCUCAUCUUAUACCAUCUGUUCCGACAGCAUAGGACGAAUGACAUUUGAAAUACCAACUGUCCCCUCUGCCAUGUUUGAGGACAGCGAACAUAACAUACUCAAUUCCUAUCACAGAUACAUGGAGAAUACAUCUUUUACGACUGUUCCGUUUUCAGCAAUAACAAACUGUUCUACCGAGGACUGGAUAUACCCAAAAUUAUUACAACUGAGUCGUAGAAAGGCUGUUCUGUAUCUUCCAGUUAUCAUCUUUCAAUUUUUACUGAUGAUCGUUGGGUGUUUCGGAAACGCACUGGUUCUCUAUAUUUACUGUUUCCGGUCAAAAAAGAGGUCAGCGAACAAUUUUAUCAUUGCCAUGGCAUUGUUUGAUUUUAUUACUAGUGUCGUAGUGAUGCCAAUUGACAUAUAUGAUUUACUCUAUCAUUACUCAUUCUAUUCAAACAUAGCCUGUAAAAUUUUCCGGGCUGUUGAAAACGCCACUACGUAUGCAUCGGCAGUGAUCUUAAUACAGAUUGCUUUUGAUCGUUACUUUAAAAUAUGCAAGCCUUUACGUUUUGGUAAUCGAAAAAGAACAAAAUGUAUGUCUAUAUCAGCUGGUAUGUUGGCGUUAAUUUUGAGUAGUCCCGCGGUUGUUCUAUUCGGAACAAAAAGAGAACGAAUUUCCGGAAAUCUAUGCGGAUUUGAUUGCUCCGUUGAUCAAAAAUACAAAGACUCCACCUUCCAAAUGAUUUAUUAUCUGAUGUUAGGGUUAGUGUUUUUAAUAACAUUAAUCACAUUGUCGGCAUUGUACUUUUUGAUAUGGUUAGCAAUUAAAAGAAGAAAAGAUAUGAUUAUAGGUGAGAUUCCAAGAUUAAGUGUUACAAGUGGACAAAAUGGCCGACGUAGAAUGUUAUCGAGUGAAAGUAGCGAUGACCACUCAUCAGUAGGACAUAACCAAAAACAAUUCCGAAGAACAUUUUCAAACUUAUCGACAAAAUCAAAAGUGUCGAAUUUAUCAGAAAAACUGUCUCAUAUUAAAGCUUCUCGGACGACAAAAAUUUUCAUCGCCGUAACCAUUGCGUUUAUUGUGAGCUAUUUGCCCUCAGUUGGUGUCAUGAUUUGUAGAACAAUAUAUAAAAAGAUUGAAAAAGACUCGUCUGGGUUCGUUCAAGUGCUUCUCAAAUUAUUUUCAAGAUGCAACUACUUGAACAACGCCGUCAAUCCAAUAAUUUACAGUUUCCUUAACAAACACUUCCGUGUCGAGGUUACAAAAUUGACCAAAAGCAUUGGUGUAUGUUGGAAGAAAUCGUACAAAAGUGAAUUUGAUCAGGCAUAUGAACUAGAACAUCUUAAACAUUAACAAUAAUUUGACCAAACAUUAUACAUAUUACACUGUUCUCUAUAUUCUAAAAACAAACACUUAUUGAAAGUUUUGCUUUUUGUAUAUUUCUUGUCUGAAUUUCGAGAGCAACUGCGUUCCAAAAGAGUGCCAUGUAUU